AUGUCUACAAUCGCAGACCAUCUUAGUUUUCCCUGCGAUACAGAGCCACCCACUAUCGAAAUACAAUCUCACAACUUCUUGCAAGAUGUAGAUACCUAUCUGGAAAACUAUUUGGGCCCCCACCCUGUUCCCGAAUGGAUCUACACACCCUUGGGUUUACCCAACGGAAACCAACCCAACUCUUUGCCGUUGUGUGCUGAUUCUGCAUACUCCAAUGUCGACUCAGGCCACGCUCUUUUUCCUCCCCCAGCACAGUCAUACUUAAAUCAAAACCCGUCCAUGCCAUCCACUUACGAUAUUUGGGAGGACCACUACGGCGCCCCUUUUCCCACUUCUUUAUCUCACACCCCCUUGUUGGAGCAAGGGCAGCUUGCCCCGUAUCCCUCAGCUCGCCCUGUGCAGCACGCCAACACCGGCGAGCAUUUCACUUUAGGGACCACCUUCUCCCCUGACCUUCCCGCCUUCCCGCCGUUGAACCACUGUAUGACACCGCAGCAGGCGCAGGCGCCCAAUUUGCAGCGUUCCGAACCGCCUUGCAAGGUGCCUACACCUCAGACGAUUGAUAUGAACUAUAUUCACCAGGUGAUCAAUGAGCACGCGGAGCCCUCUCUCCCCGUCGUGCCCCCGCCCCAAAGGAGCAUCAGUAUGGGAUCUUUUUCCGUUUCCGCUGCAGCGAACGCCGACGCCACCACUUCUGGCGCCGCCAAUGUAGAGGACACGCGACGCCACCUCGAAGCAAACUGCCCCUCGCAUGUCCUCGCCUGCUUCAGAAGGGAGGCAAGACAGUCUGUCUUUUCCCCCGCAGGCUACGAGGCGAUCAUGAAAAGGCGCGAGAACUCGGCCAGAUUUCUGUGUAAAUUUUGCGAGCGCGAUUUUACGCGCAAGUAUGGAUUGGAUAAUCAUAUCAAAGCGCACCUAGGCAUCGUCGAUAAGUACUGCGAGUUCUGUGAGAAAUCGUUUGCGUCGUCGCUUGCGAGACACAAAAAGCGCUGCAAGUUCAUCCCGAACGCGGAGACUGUCUAG